UUCACACAAGCCGCGUCCCCACCCAACCCCCGUGUCUCUCGGGGUCCAUAAAUUCCCGUCCCAAGAGUUGGGGAAGUUUGAAUUUGCGCUUCCGUUCCCCAGCGCCGUUCUGGUUCUCCUUCAGAGGAACAAGUGGAGACAUGCCGCCGCGUAAGAGCCUGUUUGCGCCCUUCAUCACUGCAACUGCGGAGGGCGGGGUCGGCCCCGCGGCCCCCGUGGACCUCAGCGGGGACAUCCACGCCCUGCUGCAGCGGACCCGAGCGCAGGAGCAGGCCGAGGCGGCGCGCUCCAGAGACAGCCGUGACUUCCGCGAGGCGUCCCCGUGCGCCAUCGUGGAGCUCCGGCUGGGCCCCGCGCUGCACUACCUGCAGCCGGACAGGUGCGCCCUGGAGCGGGCGCAGAGGCGGCGGCGCCUGGCCGCCAACGCCCGGGAGAGGAGAAGAAUGCUCGGACUGAACGUGGCGUUCGACCGGCUGCGGAGCGUCAUCCCGAACCUGGAGAGCGAGAAGAAGCUGUCCAAAUCGGAGACUCUGCAGAUGGCGCAGAUUUACAUCAGCACCCUGACUGAGCUGCUGCAGGACGAGACCGGGACCUGCGGGCCGUCGGAACCGAACAGAGCUGAACCUGAGGGUGAGGUUCGGAACGCGGAGAGGAGCAGAUAACCGGAACGCGUGAUAGAAACCGAGGGACACUAAAAGACUCACAUUUUCUUUCUUUUUUUUU